AGGAAGCAGAAAAAGAACAUCAGGAAGAGAAUAAUCAUCAUGAACAAAACAGUGACAAUAAUCCAAUUCAAAGCAGUUCUGAAGACAUGAAGGAAGAAACCAACAAACAGCAAAGCGAUCAGCCUGCUGAGACAGAGGAAGCAGAAAAAGAACAUCAGGAAGAGAAACAUGUUCAGGAAGACAAGAGUAAAGAAGAAACUGAAAGCAGUAAAGCUGACAUGAAGGAAGAAACCAACAAACAGCAAAGCGAUCAAAGUCUUUCAACCAAAAAUGGAGAAAAUAAACCUAAAAGCGGGCCUGCUGAGACAGAGGAAGCAGAAAAUGAACAUCAGGAAGAGAAACAUGUUCAGGAAGACAAGAGUAAAGAAGAAACUGAAAGCAGUAAAGCUGACAUGAAGGAAGAAACCAACAAACAGCAAAGCGAUCAACAUGUUCAGGAAGACAAGAGUAAAGAAGAAACUGAAAGCAGUAUAACUGACAUGAAGGAAGAAACCAACAAACAGCAAAGUGAUCAUCUGACACAGAUGGAAUCAUAUUACAAAGAAGAACUUAAAAAGAAAGAUUCUACUAUUAAAAAGAUAAGGAAGGAAUUGAAAUCACUGAAAGACAGACUGGCACAAGACAUGGCUGUUUCAAUAAAGACAGGAGACACUGAGAGCAUGAAUGACCCAGUCAGUAAAACCAGACUGACUGAAAUGUAUGACAGUCUAAAGCUGGAGAAGUGGACUGGAAUCAAAGACCUUCUGAAAUCCAAUAAAACCAGUCCAGAGUUUACAAGGAUUUUGGUUCAGAAAACCUUUAAAGAAGCAGCAGAAGAAAUGAUAAGAAAAAAGCAGCAAAUAGAGGAGACUUUUGGAUCAACUCAGUCCAGCGGUGGACAGGGAAAUCAAAAGGUUGAAGGAUACAGAAAGCUGGCAGUCCACAAUCUGCAGUUGGCUCUGUACCACAGCAACAAAGAUCUUCUGAAGAGUCCCUUUCCUAAGUAUGAAGGUGAAAAAGCUGAAGAUGUGAUGGUGAAUCUGAGACGUCUGACCUCGGAGUGCUACUGGCUGGGCUGUUUGAUCGCUUUAAACAAUCCGCCUCUUCAGCCAGACUGGGAGACUCAGCAUUAUAUGAAAAACUCCUGGGACAUUUUCCCUCAAAGACUCAAAGAUUGUGAUAAAUAGAAAAAAGGACAUCAUGCAUGCAUGUCUUUCAUACAGUUUUAGUUUCCUGAAUGGACAAAUUAGGCUUUAUAGAAAAAAAUGAUAAAUAUUGAUCAAAUGUUAUUCAUUUGAAAUAAAAUGCAUGUAAUGUAAAUUCUUAUUCUUAUAGGUUUUUUGUGCUUUCAUGUUCUUUCUUGUUCUAUCAAAUACAAUUGGUGUAGGUGUUGGUAAUAAAAUAAAAGUAUAUGUUGUGUGAGUGAAAGAAUUUACUAUAGAAUUACAAUUAAUUUCUGUCUGAUGGUGACAGAUCAAGUCUAGCCAAAUGAAAUGUCUUCAGUCUCUUGAUCUUGCUACCUUUCUGUCUAAACUCAUCCUAAUAUUAAAUAAAAUUGUGACUUUUUCUAAAGUAAGUACAUACUUAAG